CAAUGACGUAAGCACGUCCGUCUGCGUCAUUGGUUGAGGAAACAUGGCGUCGGUGUCAGACUUGUAUGAUGUUGGUUGGGAAGAGAUGAGAGACAAGCUUCGUAAAUGGAGAGAGGAUAAUUGCAGAAAUAGUGAACAAAUUGUCGAUGUUGGUGAAGAACUGAUCAGUGAACAUGGAUCUAAACUGGGGGAUGACAUCUGGAUUAUUUAUGAGCAGGUGAUGAUCGCAGCGCUGGACUGCAGUCGAGAUGACUUGGCUCUGACCUGUCUACAGGAACUGAGAAAGCAGUUUCCAGAUAGCCACAGAGUGAAGCGAUUAACGGGCAUGAGGCUGGAAGCUUUGGAAAGGUACGAUGAAGCCAACAAGCACUAUGAUGCCAUUCUGCAAGAUGACCCCACCAAUACGGCAACAAGGAAGCGCAAGAUCGCCAUCCUGAAAGCCCAGGGGAGGAGCUCCGAAGCUAUCCGGGAGCUUAAUGAAUAUCUGGAGCAGUUUGUUGGGGACCAAGAAGCAUGGCAUGAAUUAUCAGAGCUCUACAUUAACGAACAUGACUAUGGAAAAGCUGCAUUUUGCCUGGAGGAGCUGAUGAUGACCAAUCCUCACAAUCACUUGUACUGUGAGCAGUAUGCUGAGGUGAAAUACACCCAGGGAGGGCUGGAAAACCUGGAGCUGUCCCGCAAGUAUUUUUCCCAGGCAUUGAGACUGAACAACCGAAACAUGAGGGCACUGUUUGGCCUCUACAUGUCUGCAAGUCACAUCGCUGCCAGCCCAAAAGUUAGUGCCAAGGUGAAGAAGGACAACAUAAAAUAUGCUGCUUGGGCUGCAAAUCAAAUAAAUAGAGCCUAUAAGCUGGUCGGUCGAGGUACCAAGGAGAACAAAUGCUCCAUGAAGGCACUGGAGGAGAUGCUGGAGUCCAUGCAGAUCACCAUGUCGUAGACACACCAUCCUUUUCGCGAACGCUCGGACCCGCAGUGACACGGCAGCUCAAAAAUGUGAACAGAACCACGUUUCAUUCUCUUUCUGUCUUUCUUUAUUUUUAAUGACUCAGUCGGUCUGUAAUCGAUGAACUUGACAUGGACAGUGGAAGUGCAAACAUCUUCUCAUCCCUCCUGGAAUCUCAAGCAAACUCUGAAAGUACCACCAAACACAUCACAGAUUUCCACAUCUACACCUUACUCACUGCAGCCACAGAAUAUAUAAUGCGGACUGCACAGUAAAUACUAUUUGUGCAGCGCCACCUGUCUGCAGUUAUGUCCUCAAUCUGUAAAUUAAGCCUCUAUAUCUUAAUAAAACUUGCGUUUUUGUUUGUCAAAUUUUCCAUCACGCCCUACCAGCUAGAAGCGGUUACUGGUUUGUUUAUUGGAUUUUGCAUUAGGUGGCGAUAUGGGCGGGGAGUUAUUGUCACAGUUUUACUUUCCAAUAUUGGUCCGAUGUUAAUUGCAAUACAUAAUGCACUAAUGCUGCCAGUUUUAAAGUAUCCUGACAAUGACUGAAACUUCAGUAUGUAAACAUUUACCUGUGAAAACUU